AGGAGCGACGCGUAUCCAUACACUUGCCAGUUUUCUUUUCCCCGGGCAUCGCGCCCACAUGCCACGCCCUCUCUCCUCUUUCCUCUUUCCUCAGGAAAACGAAAAACCCACGAAGAAAAGCAAUAAAGUAAGAACAAAAUCGUUCCCGCAGUGUCUGCAUUCCUCUUCACUCUCUCUCGAGCCCCUUAUAUAACCCGGAAAGUUUGCUCUUUUGCUUCCCUCAGAUCCUCUCGUUCGUCACUCGUCCCUGGUCGGUCCCUUUGUCUCUUUCCUCUCUGCACUCUCACUGCACUCUCUAGAACCCCCCUGGAGCAGAGAGGGUAAAACUAACUGCAGAGGAAAUAUGGAAGCCACAAAGAUCUGUCUCCUCCUCUUCGCGCUCGCCGCCUGGGUCGCCGCCUCCGCUCACGGCGUGUCGUCCGGCGCGCCGCCGCCGGGCGUCGACUGCUCGACCCUCGUGCUGAACAUGGCCGACUGCUUGUCCUUCGUCUCCAACGGGAGCACCACCGAGAAGCCGGAGGGGACCUGCUGCUCGGGGCUCAAGACCGUCUUGAAGGCCGACGCCGAGUGCAUCUGCGAGGCCUUCAAGAGCAGCGCCCAGCUCGGGGUCGUGCUCAAUGUCACCAAGGCCCUCUCUCUCCCCGCCGCUUGCAAAGUGUCCGCCUCUUCUGCCACCAAGUGCGCAUUGUCCAUAAGUCCUACGAGUGCUCCAGCUCUACCUCCAAGCUCUGCAACUAUUCCAACAGCAACGGCACCGGCCGCCACCACCGACGGAUUGAACGAGCAGGCGCCUACCCCGGCUCCAGGCGGUGACUCGGCAGCUUCCUCUCUCUCCAAUCCUUCUGCAUUCGGGGUUGCUGUUCUUGCGUCGGUUGGAUGGUUACUGCUUUGAACUGAGAGGGGAAUUACGAUGCAGUUUUGGGUGUAGAGAAGAAUAUGGGGGUUACCGGGGGACAAUUGACAUGAUCUUCAUUUUGUUAAUUUGUGUUUGUGAGAUUCUGGGUGCUCUUCGCUGAUGUUGUAGAGUAAGGAUUCAUUGUGUGGAACUUAUGUUGGAUGAAUGGUAUUUAUGAGGUUUCUAGAUAAUAAAUUUCGCUAUGAUCGUGUCUAA